CAACCAACCAUUUACUCUCUUACUCAUCCCUACAAUCAAUGUGGUCACUAGUUCCCCCUAAAUUUAUGAUUUUGGACUGAGAGGAAACCCAAAUACCUGCUAAAACGAUGAAACUCAACACAAAAAGACAUGGGACCACAGUCAAACUAAAGAUCUUCCAGCUGUGAAUCUGCAGCUGACCGUCAUGACUUCUAAGGCCGAGCUUAACUGGACAUCGGAACCUGGAAAAAGGAGGCGCGGUUCUCUAGACCAGCCUCCUCCUCCACCCAGCUCCAACAAGCCGCUGACGCCCUUCAGCAUCGAGGACAUCCUCAGGAAGCCAUGCGGGAGAAGGAACCAGUCCGUAAGCGGAGCGGCGUUCCCGGUUUCUCCCGGAGAGAACGCGCCCUCAGCGGGUCACAUUUUGUCCGCGCACGCGCUCCUUAGUCAGAGUUCUCCUCUCUGCGCGCUGCAGGAGUUGACCAGCAAAACCUUUAAAGGCCUGGAGGACAGCGUCCUGCAGGCUGCAGAGGGCAGAGAUGGCGUGACCCUGUUCGGUCAGAGGACCAGGCAGAAGAAGAGGCGGAAGUCUCGCACCGCCUUCACCAACCAUCAGAUCUUUGAGCUGGAGAAACGGUUUCUGUACCAGAAGUACCUGAGCCCAGCGGACCGGGAUCAGCUCUCUCAGCAUCUGGGUCUGACCAGCGCGCAGGUCAUCACGUGGUUUCAGAACCGGCGGGCUAAACUGAAGCGGGACCUGGAGGAGAUGAAGGCCGACGUUGAGUCUGCUAAAGCUGCGGGUUCUGCGGACCUGAAGAAGCUCACCAGGGCCAAGCUGGUGAGGUCCUCACCGGGAGGUCCGGGUGGGGUCUCCACCCCAGCCCACACCAUGCAGGACCGAGUCCCACCCACAGCCAUGCAGACCCCCAGCAGCUUGGACCCUACCCGGUCCCACAUUUCUACAUCCCCAGCAGAACUGUCCCAGAACCCGGACCGGAUGAGCAGGUUCUCUUCGGAGGAUGAAGACGAGGACAUCGAUGUGAACGACUGAAACAGCACCACGCGAUCACUGAAGGUCCAAAACCCACUAAGUCAGGGCUCUGCCUCUGACGCAGGAUUUAUAUCGGUCACAAUGACAAAAGCCAUCUCACAAACACGCGUGCGCGCUCACAGAACGCACGUGCCCUUUAUGCGAAACUAGAUGAACAAAACAUACAAAGACAAAUGCGUGCGCACACAGCCUCCUCCUCCAGGGUCCAGAUGAGAUUUGAUGGCAUGUUUCAGAUGAUUUUAGGUUUGAUGAGCCAGAAGUUUCCUGAACGACCACCAUCAUUUCUAUAACCUUCAAGUGCCUGUGAAGUUAUUUUUCUUUAAAACGCUGAAAAAAACAUCCCAAACCCACUCACUCCGGAAACUCCACUUUCUCUGAUGGACCUGCAGCUUUCCUCUUCAGCCUGCUUUCUGACAGGAUUCAGCUGGUCUUCAGCUUCUAGCCAGAGAGGCCAUAAGAUUGAGGGAUGCCCCUCUCUUUUACCAGAUACUUUGAUGGAUUAACUUAACCCAUGUUUUAGAAAACUAGACCUUAUUUGUGGCACAUAAUGAAGACACAUUUGCACUUCAUCUGGCCACUGCUUCAUAACACAAUCAUGAAUAUGAAUGGGUCUCAGCGGGAGGGUCAGGCCUUGUGUUCAUUGUGGACCUCCACAAUGAACACAAGGCCUAUAGAGAGAGAACCUAUUUACAGAUUUGUGUAUAUUCUCUCUCUCUCUCUCUCUCUCUCUCUCUCUCUCUC